UGCAAAUAGAGGACGCGUAAAAUAUUCCCCCAGAGCGCAGCGCAGGGCAGAGACUCACACGGACCGCGCGGAGGACACAGACCGGGCCACACGGUGGAUUUGUAUCGUUUUCGUCGCUACGGACCCGUCCAUCUGUCACAGACAUCCUGGCCACAUGAGCAGCGACACAUAACCGGGACGUGUAGCCGGGAAUCAGGUCGGAGCGUUCAAGGAAAACCUGCGGAGGCUGCCCUGUGGAGAUAGUGGUCAUACUUCCAAUUUCUCCAAGUGAAGUCGGAGGUGUCUCUUCUCCAUCCCCUGCUAUAAGCUACCUGCUGCUGCUACAGAGGGGGAACUACGUCUAGAGACCCCUGGAUUGCUCCUUUUUAUGCUUUAGGGAUUUUAUGAUCUCUCAAAUAUUAACAUUUUUUGCACACCAAGUGUGUUAUUUCCUCUCUUGUCCUUUUUGGGAUAUACACAGUGAUCUUUUUUCCUGUUUUAGUACUUUAAAGUGCCUUAAUAACUGGUUAUAAUCCAGUGUAACUGUGGCAUUAUCACCAGACCAGAGACGCUCAACAGGGAUAAAACGAUUAUUCUCAGUUUUAGAGCCCAGGCAGGAUUACUGGUUCCCCACCCUCCAGUGAGCUGCAACCAUGAGCCAGGCGGAUGUGUCGACUUGCUCCGCGCCGCAGAGGGUUUUCCAGGAGGCGGUGAAGAAGGGCAACACCAAGGAGCUGCACUCUUUGCUGCAGAACAUGACAAACUGCGAGUUCAACGUCAACUCCUUCGGACCUGAAGGACAGACGGCCCUGCACCAGUCUGUCAUUGAUGGCAACCUGGAGCUGGUAAAACUGCUGGUGAAGUUUGGUGCAGAUAUCCGGCUGGCCAACAGGGAAGGGUGGAGCGCUUUACACAUCGCCGCCUUCGGGGGCCACCAAGACAUUGUGUUAUACCUCAUCACCAAGGCCAAGUACUCCUCUGGCGCCCGGUGAUCUGUCUCUGCUGUCAGGUAAAAUAAGAAAAUAACAACAAGUGGAAAAUAAAAAGUGCAACACACGGGAAAACCGCCAGGCUCUUGUAAAAGCGAACUAAAAAAAACUGCCAUUAUCUACAUAGUUGUGCCAAAUUAUAUUGAAAAAAAAAAAUUCAAGAAAAAAAAAAGGAAAUAAAAAUAGACCUGCACAAUAAUCUUCCCUCAUUGUAAACCAAAC